GUCCUAAAUGGGACCGCCGCCGGGAGCAUCCCGAAAUCCUCAGAUGGGGGACGACGGGGCCGGGACUGUACGGGACCGAGAGGGGUAGUCUGAGGGGCCAAGAACUACGCGUUUGCCCGUCGUAUAUAUGCAGCCGCGGCCGCAGCCAGCUGGGGGUGGGUGGGUGAGUGGUGUCGAUUCGCGUCACCUGCACGAACUUGACUUCCAGUCUCCAACAACACCUACCACUACCACUUCUACCACCCACUCCUCAUCCUCUCUCUGUGCGAUCCCACCCCCCGUACACCGCAGUCAUGGUAGCAAUCUACAACUCGAUGAAGGAAAAGAUGGAGUGCGGUGAGGUGGCGUCGCUACUCACCGUCAAGCUCGUCAAGUCGGUCGAGAUCGUCGGCAUGGCCAAGACGGCCGGCUUCGACGGCAUCUUGAUCGACAUGGAGCACUCGCAACUCGACCUCGAGACGACGGCGCAGCUCUGCAACGCGGCCCUGUACGCGAACCUGGCCGCCAUCGUGCGCGUGCCCAGCAAGGACCCCUUCUUUGUGUCGCGCGUGCUCGACGGCGGCGCCCUCGGCGUCAUCGUGCCGCACAUCCGCUCCGCCCAGGACGCCCGCGAUGUCGUGGCGGCCGCCAAGUUCCAGCCCGUCGGCCACCGCUCGUCCACCAACGGCCUGCCCGUGCACCAGUUCCGCUCCAUGUCCGCCACCGUCGCCAACCCGCUCACCAACGCCGCCACGCUCGUCAUCCCCAUGAUCGAGACGGUCGAGGCGCUCGAGCUGGUCGACGAGAUCGCCGCCGUCGAGGGCGUCGACUCGCUGCUCAUCGGCACCAACGACCUGACGGCCGAGAUGGGCAUCACGGGCGAGUACGAGAACCCGCGCCUGACCGAGGCCUACCAGCGCACCGUCGACGCCUGCAAGAAGCACGGCAAGUUCGCCGGCUGCGGUGGCCUGCACGCCCGCCUCGACCUGGUCGAGAAGUUUUGCGCCAUGGGCGUGAGGUGGGUCAUGGCCGCCACCGACGGGCCGCUCAUCAUGUCGGGCGCUACCAAGCGCGCUAGCGAGAUGGCCGCCAUCAGCGCAAAGGUCGCCGGAGCCCCGAACGGGAACGGCGUCAAGAAGGCAUAAGGGUCGGCGGUUGAGAUGGAGCGUUGCAUAUUUCCCGAAUGUAUAAUUAGAUGGUUCAGAUACCCAGCAUAGAACCGUAAAAGUUGGGUUUGGG